CACCACCCCACUUCAGCGUUGCAACAGAAGCAUUAUAUAUGUUAUACAUCUUUCCAUUUAACGAUUGGCACUGACAAGCUAUUGCAAGAAUUUCUCGAGCUUCCAACAGUUGAAUAAAUCACAAUGACUGAGCAAACGCAGCAGCCUGACUUCCAUCUCAUUGGAACCCAUACGAGAUACUCCAGCUGGACUAGCCGCGUGGAAACAGUCCUCGAGUACUUCAAUAUCCCUUACACAGCGCAGAUUAUUCACCUGUCCGAGGUCAAAAAGGUCUCCCACACGGGCUUCGUCCCAUUGCUAGAAUGUCGCUCACUUGGCCAAAAUAUCCGUCUCAAUGACUCCCUCGCCAUCUGCGAGUUCCUGGCCGAGUCUAACCCAGAGCUCAAUCUGUGGCCGCGCGACCGACAGCUCAGAGCGUUGGCGCGCAGCGCAGUAGCGGAGAUGCACUCGGGAUUCUCGACACUGCGAAAUAACUACGGCACGAACUUCAUUGCCCGGUACACGGGGAAUGUUCCCGUGUCCGAGCAGGCAAAGAAGGAGGUUGAGCGGCUUCUCGUCAUCUGGGAUAAUGCGAGACGCACGGCCACGGCUCGUCUUGCUGAAUUGAACGAGAAGGAUGAGGGAUUCCUGUUUGGAUCGUUUAGUAUCGCGGAUGCCUUCUUUUGGCCGGUUCUUUGGCGCUUCCGUACCUACAAUCUUCCCCUUGACACGGCCAGUCCCAAUGCAUUGGCCUGGAUGGAGACCAUGUGGAAUAACCCCACGAUGCAGAGGCUGGCGCAUCACUAUUAUCGCCAGGCAGAACUCCCGGAGACACGCAUCGCCCACUAUGAUGAUAUCUUCCACGACCGCGAUGAUGUUCAAUACGGCACCUUCCCGGAGGAUUGGACCUUCAGCGUUGCUGAGAAGAGGUUUAACUGAACUAGACAAUAGACGAGAGACAGAACCUACAAUAGGAAUACAAUGGUAUAUUUUCAGAAAAUGGAAGUUAAACAUGCUAACUAUUAAUGCAAAGUCCCGGGUAUCGAGCAUAAAGCAGGAACUGAUUGAAAGGUUGCAAACCUUCAAAAGCCGCACGAAAAGAAAACGUCCCAUACACGAGAUCAAGAUGUAGGGCGGAACCAAUAUGUACAAUCCGUCAGACCCUUUAGCAGCCCUUGCACUCUUUGACCCAGAGGUCGAGGCCGUAGUACUCGGCAUUGUGGCCACCGUACCAGUAGACCUGUUUGGAGGGAGCGUCGCCGACGUCAACGGAGAACCAGGGGCGACCGUUGUUGGUGAAGUAGCCCUGGGCAUUGACGCCGAAGCCGUUCAUGUUGCCGUUCUCCGGUACAGCACCAGAGUGGGGGAUAGUGAGGGAAACAGGGGUUACCUCCUUCUCGACGAUAUAGAGGUUCUGGAAGGCAGUGGGGACACCGUUCUUGGAGGUGAAGGAGACCAUGCCGUUGGCGGCGGACCGCAGGAUGAGGAUUUCUUUGCCGUCGGUAGCGUCACCGCCGACGUAGACGUACU